UCAGUUACCGGUGACAACAGACUCCUGCUCCGGUCGCCUCCUGCCACCUCCACUCUGAGAAAGCAAUGUCGAAGUGAAGGCCGGCCGACUCACUUUUCCUUUUAAGAUUUCUACCUUCAUUCAAAGCAAUGUAGGUUCUGAGUGACCCACUUGGAAGUUUGCCAGGGUCUUCAAGUGACUCCAACAACAGUGUCCAGCGGUGUGCCUGCUGCUCAUGUGCCUCCAGAACUGGGCUCUGCAGAAUCCAGUCUCCUCAAGUGCCUCCAGCAGCACUGUCCAGCGGUGGCCGAGCAUCUCACACACUCUCCGAAUCAGCAUCCAGCAGUCUCAUGGCUCCUAGCAUGGCUACAGCAACAGUAUCCAGCAAUCAUUAGGCUCCUCCAGUGUUGCCAGCAACAGCACCCAGGAGAACAAGAAUGAGGAAUGAACCCAUAGAAGCUUCUGAGGAAGAUGGCUAUCCCCAAGGUCCCAAAGAAGUAAUGGUAUUAAAAGCAACAGAACCAUUUACAUAUGGCAUGAGAGGAGAGGAAAAAAUGUUUCAUGCCACAGUGGCUACUGAAACUGAAUUCUUCAGAGUGAAGGUGUUUAUAGUCCUGAGGGAGAAGUUCAUCCCAAACAAAGUCAUUGCCAUCUCAGAUUAUUUUGCCCAAAAUAGGUUUCUAGAGAUACACAGUGCCUCCUGUGUGUCUGAUGUAAAUGGCAACUGUGUGAUGUAUAUCCCAGCAGCACUGAGGCAAAAGACCAAUGUAACCCCUAAAAUUGUUCAUCUUUGCUCACACAGAAGAGAAAUAUUUGUGAAUGUAGUCUUUAUGGUACAUAAGAAAAAUGUGAGGAAUGAAUGCACUUACUAUGGAAUACAAGAUGAUACAGGGAUGAUGGAAGUGGUGGUAUGUGGACGACUGACCAACAUUGACUGUGAACCAGGCGACAGCCUUAGACUCAUCUGCUUUGAAUUGGCGUCAAGUGCAGACAGGCGGCAGCUGAGGUCUGUGAGGCAUAGUUACAUGCAGGUCAUCAAAAGAGAACAUGAAAGACAACCACUCAACCCUGAGCUAGUUUUCAGGAUAACACUAUAGUCCUCCUCCUGAAAACCUGGAUGCCACUGAUAAUGAUACUUGUGGAGAUAAGAUUCAAGUCCACAGUGCAUUUAAAGGCCAGUUAUUUGUUCUAGGAAAUGAUGGCUCUUACCUUACUCAUUCUACAUUUUAGUAUUUUCUUUUAAACUUUUAUUUAUUAUUUUUUAAUUUUAUGUGUAUGAGUAUAUUGCCUGCUGAAGAGCCCCUGUGGCCUGCAAAGCUUGUGGAGGUCAGAACAAGGCACCAGAUUCCCCUGGAACUGGAGUUACAGACGGUUGUCAGCUGCCAUGUAAAUGUUAGGAAUUGAACCCGGGUUCCCUGCAAGAGCAGCCGGUGCUCUUAACUGCUGCUCUACAGCCCCAGUAAUUACAUAUUUUGUA